GGAAACACUGGGAGGUCUGGGACGAGCAAAAUAUUUUUUUCCAAAAUUCUGGCGCGAAGGUUGCCAAAUGUCAAAAUUAUUUUGAAAGUUUAUAUUAAUUUUACCUAGCUGGAUUUCAGUGUUUCUGCAAAAAUGAAUGAUGUCGAAAAGUAAGUAUAACAUUUGCACGGUUUCUUGAUAAAUACAUAGAGUCUUCAAUUUAUAGUCUUACAAAUAUAUUAUAAGGGAAUAAAAGGAUUACUUAACGCUCAAACGCUGUAGUGCAUGAUAGCAAAGAGUACAUACAGACACAGAAUAGAGACAAAACAGAGAAGGAUGUAACCAAAAACGUGACCACUGCCACGCCGUGAUUGGCAAUGAUUUGUUAUGUCAGACAGCAAUGCAACACUGAGUUACAUCAAAAUCGUAGGCAAAACUAAGAAGUCGACCUUCUGUAAUCUGUAAGGUUCCUAUUCCAGAAACAUGGUGACAGCGUUGCAAUUGUGGUGUGGUAGCAGUUAAGGGUUUUUGGUUGAAGUCAGAUCCAGACUACCCUGGAUUCCAGAGCCUACAGAAUCUGUACUAAAACCACUAAUUCUGUUUUGUGAUUGGCGCGGUUCAAUCAAAGAAUCUCCCCGUUGAACCAGAGCCUUCGCGACAUUUCAAUUUAUUAUUUACUGUCGAAGGCUCUGGAAUCCAGGGUAGAUCCAGACCUGUUAACUUUAAAAAUUUAAAAUAUGAUUGAUUAUUCGUAUAUGAUUGUCAUUCUGGCAUAUGAAAACGACUGCCGAUGCCACUAUUCCUGUUCAUCUGGUUAUGGUGAAAUUUGACAUAUGUAACAUCUUUAUAUGUAUUUAUUUGAGUACAUACCAUACACCAGGAUGAGAAUUGUAUACGACUAACUAGUCCUUUAAUCAGGGCCAUAGCUAGCAUGUAUAGUUAGGGGGGUGUAGGCCAAAAAUUUUCGAAUGUCAAAAAAAAUUUCCGAAAUUUCAUGUCAUGCAAAGCCACAAAGGUGUUUGCUAUCUGGUAAAUGAACAUAGGCGUACCGGGCGGGGGGGGGGGGGCGGUAGCCCCCCAGAUUUUUGGGCAGUCGGGCAAUAUUCGAUCAACAGUCGGGCAAUUUUGGCUUGCAAUAAAAAAAAUGUGACAAAUUCUGUCAAUUUUGUCUAAAAUUAAGUAAAUUUUGUCUAAAAUUAAGUCAAUUUUUUGGCAAAUUUUGCGAUUCUUCGAAAAUUUGUGUUAUGUUCCGAAAAAGUUGGUUUUCCAGGAAAUUUUUUUGACCCCUAAAAUGGUACACUGAUCGCAAUUUUUUUGGCGACGGGGGGGGGGUCGCCAAAAUAAUUUUUCAGGAAAAAUUUUUUUGAUACUAGUCGGGCAGAAUUCGAAAAGUCGGGCAAUUUUCUUUCCGCCCCCCUAAUUUUUUCCUUCCGGUACGCCCAUGUAAAUGAAGACGCAAUUUACAAACAAAAAUACGCACAGACAUAUUACAGUAGUUGAGUAGCAUGCAGUGCCGUAGGAAGCUCUUUUUGAUUAGGGGGCUGAGAAUGAGGGCUGAAAGCCAGAGGAAAUUUUUAAAUUUAGAGUCUCUGAAAUGCCAUAUCCUGGACUUUGGGGAAGUUUUGACAGAAUUCUGAUGGUCAGAAAACAGCAUUUUAGUACAUGUCGAAAUUUACAAUUUGUUUACAAUUUAGGCCUAAUAGUACUAAAUGGGCGAAGGCGUAUUUAAUUAACUAUAUACUAUAUAUUGGAGAAGUUGCAGGAAAGUAUGGGUAAUAUGAUUCUUUGCAGUUUGUCAUGGAUAAUGUAGCCGCUUAAAAUUAAUCAAUUGUCAGUAUUUUAAAGGUAUAUUAUUUAAAUUAUAAAGGUAUGCAUGUUUUUGAAAAAGGGGCUGCAUCCCCCCCAGUCCCCCCUUGGUUGCUACGGCCCUGAGAAGUAAUAAACCGAAAAAUAUUUACCCAUUUGCGAUUUGUUUAGGCAAAAAAAAAAAAUAUGUGGGUUUCCGGUUUCCCGACCCUACCUAGCUUUUCGACGUCGAAAUCCCGACCCUAAACUUUUUUAUUGGAUCAUACUUGUAAGUGUUUCCACUUAGAGGAAAACGUUUGUGGAAAAUUGAAAUUUGAGGCAAUAUUAGGGAAAUUUAUCUUUGGAUGUGGAAACACUGACUAAACAAAAUGGCGUCCGCUUAUUCGGAAAAUUAAAAAAAAAGUUUAAAAAAAAAAGUUAAAACCGACCUACCCUACCUAAGUUUUUAUAAGAAGAAACCGGAAACCCACAUAUUUUUUUUUUUGGCCUUAAUGUUAAUAUCCAUGUAAAUGCCAUGAUUUCGGAAAUCAGUUUAUACUGACAAUACAAUACAAUUAUAUUAUAUUUUCUCUGUUUAAUAACUAAAAUUUUGUUAUACUAUUAUUGCCGUAAUUUUCCGAAUGACCAACCCGAUUUUCCGAAUAUGUUAAUUCCAAAAAAGUUGGGGGGGGGGUUAACCACCCCACCCCCCAAUACCCCCCUUGCUACGGCCCUGUGUUUAAUGUAGUUUGGCCUUAACAUGGCGGGAAUGCAACCAGUUAAAUUGAGAUCCCAUGUAUACUCUCAUAUCCUAAUUAUGAUAAUCUGCUUAUUGCUUCCAGUGUAAAAGUAAAUAAAAAUUAAAAAGCCAAACACUUGUAGUUUAGGGAGUCACUGUCAGCUGGUAGUAACUUCAGCUUGGACAUUCAUGAGCGAUUUUCGUGCACAUCUUGAAUCUGAAAAUAUUCCACUACUUCCUAACAAUUAAAACAAGCAACUGGGAGAAAAUACCUUGAUACUGGGAGAAAAAGGUCAAAAACUGGAAUCUCCCAGCAGCAUCAGAUCUGCAAGUCUGCAAAUCUCUGUAUCAUAUAUAUUCUGUGUGGUUGCGAUACAGUAAUCCUUUAUAUUUAAAUAGUUGUAAAACUUAUUAAUUAGAAUUUUCUGAUUUUGUUCCUUGAAUAUUUGUUUUUACAGGAAUUUACAUCUGCAAGAUGUGAAAAUAGAUUGUAUAGAACGUGUCUUAAAGGACACAAACACAGGUGCUUUGGAUCCAACUGGAAACCAACAUGAAGUUAUACACAAUGUAGACAAAAUGUGUCAAGUCAAGGUACUGCCUCCUCCACGUACAGGCCCUCAUGCCUCAUGGAAAGAUCACAAUUUCUACUUCUAGAGGGCCUGCAAAAUCUUGUGAACAAAAUAUGGUGUGUCUUACACCUAUGUCAUAGCUUAUGGCAUCCUACUAUUAUGCCAUUUGUCAUUUGUCAAGUACUGCAUGAACAACAUGUUUUAAAGCAAUUUGAAAUGCUAAAGGUUAAUUUAUAAAACCCUAUAAAAGACUUCCAGGUUUGAUUAUAAAUAUAAUGAAUUUAAAUGAGUGCACACCACCUACAUAUUAAUUAUUAAAAUGUACUGCAAACAUAAUUGAAAAAAAUAAUGACGUAGAAGACCUACAGAUUCAAUCUGGAGCCGCGCCCUGUAUUUUUUGUUAAAUAAAGCUACGUUUACUCGACAAUUAAUCGGACUGAUUUCAGGUUUUGCCGAAUGUUUAUGCCGAAUGCUGUCAGUUGAUGAUAUCAUCAGAUGACGUUGACAGCGAUAUGUCAGCUAGAUUUUUUAUAUCUGAAAUGUAAAAUGACAUAAUUUCUGCACGUCAGAUCAUCCCCCAGAAUGCAGGAAACGCCAAUUAUCUAGAUCUAUACCCUUGUCAGUGGUUGUAAAAUUUAUCAUAGUUUAAAAAUGUUGAAAGUAUGCAGCCCAUCCACACACCCUUGUCAUAUACCAUGUAAUUAACUAUUCAGAUGCUUUCAAAAUUAUGGGGGGGGGGGUUGUUUCACCCCUUCAUGUGUGUCUGCCACUGACUACCUCUAUCCCUCAUCCCACAUUCAAUGAAAACUUGGCACUGCUUUGCAAAUUUUACAAAUCUUUAGAGAUCUUCCUCAGCGUGAGUGUUCUUUUUAUGUUAAAAGCAUACACCCUUAUCAGAAUACAGAUACUGUACCUCUUUAUCAUUGGCAAUCUUAAAUUUCCUGAGGUAUAUAAUUCUCAUACAUUUUCGUUUAGAAGAAUAUGACGUUUCAAUAGAACAGACACCUCUCUAAUAGGGACAGUUUUCUGUGCUCCUGAUCCUUUCAGUGUCCAUAUUAGAGAGGUCCAUACUUUGUUUAGGCGUAUAUUGGCACUCUAAAACAUGCGUGGGCAUUGUCCGAAGCAGCAAUUUGGUUUGCUAAUGGCGUGGAACAAGAAAGUCUUGCUGACGAUGUGGAGGAAAACUGGCUUAGUUGUGAACAUCAAGUUCAGGAAAAGGGUAUUUCCCGAAAUUUGUUGUAAUAAUGCUCUUUUGUAAAAUUACAAUACAGUACAAUUGUACUGCAUUCAAUAUUUGCAGUAUCACCCAGAAUUGACUGAUUCGUUGUGAUUUACAGUAGUAUAGCUAUAAAACUGGGGUUUGGUUGUGUUUUCCUGCUGUUGCGAUUGGGUUGUAGUUUACUGGGGGUUGGCCAGUCAGUGGUUGACCUGGUACAAUAUAUAUCGCAUAAUCUUCUCUUGAUCUUUUUGUUACCUACUGGGUGAUACAGUCUGAAAACUACCUUCCAUAUACGCUGUUGGUCCAUUUUUUGUACGUUCCCUGCGACGACGCAAAGCGACGGCGCUUGAUCUCAAUGCUGACAAUGAUGUUUUGCAUGUUUUGUAUGGAUGCACUGGAAAAAAAAUUAAAUCCAUACUACGAAAUCUGCAAUUGCACCACUAAAUCCAUAGUAUAUCCAUCCUUUUUCCAUACUAUAUCAUACUAUGGAAAUACACAAUUAUUAUGGAUAACCAAAAUCCAUUUUAUUUCCAAUAAAGGUCCAUACAAUUUCCAUUCUGUAACCUUCUAUGGAUUUUCAAAAUUUUUUCCAGUGAUACAUGCACAGGCCUUAAAAUAUCGGUCGGUCACGGACAUUGUCCGACCCAUUCGUGAAAUUGUCCGACGUAGAGAGGAAACUACCGGACAUUCUGUCCGACCAAAGUGAAACUGAGGUUUAUUGUUUGUCCGACACAAGUGAAAUGUUCGUUUGUUCCGACCCAAUUGUACCCUAGCCCAGGACUAGAGGCUUGUAUGUUAAAUGGAAAAUCAGAAUACUAUUGUAUAAAAGGUGAACUGGAAAUGUUGUUUUAACGUAGUCGAGCGCGGGGCGGCGAGCGAAAUGGUGAAGUGGAAAACGGGCUUUUAAGCCUUAACGGGCUUUUAACUUAAAAGUUGUCGAAUUCUUUUGUAACACUGCUGUUCUGGCAAGCAAGUUAAUUUUGGCUUGGAAAUAAGUAUGAAAGAAAGAAAUUAUUUAAUAUCUUUACAACAUUUACCGGCGUUUAUUCAUUUGUGUCAUUCAGACUUAUAUUUCCGAGUCAAAACUGAACUGAAGGUCAUCGGACAUAUGUCCGACCCAAACUCAACGUCACCGGACAUUUUGUCAGACGGCCCUGUAAAAGAUAUUUUAAGGCCUGCAUGCAUGUUUUGUUACUUGUAAAUUGAUGUAAGUUUUUACCAUUUUGCAAUCGCGCACCUGACGUUAAUAUGACGCGCAUAUCCCACACUUGUCUGAUCUAUGCAAACAUUGUUUGGAAUAAGAAUUAUUCCGGAAUGUUUUCCCGUUGUUACCACGUUUUCAGAAACAAUGAAAAUGUUUCCCAACAACGUUUCCCAAGAACUGCGCGAGUGUGAUUUUUGAGUAUGAUUUUUGUUAUGGAAACAAAAUGCUUUCUAUAGUUUGCCCACCUCCGGAAACAUGGCUAAGAAAAAUAUUUUCCAAUUACGUUUGUUAGUUUGCCCCGUGGUCUAUUGUACGUAUAAUGUAAUGACCUCCUCCGUAUAUUUUCAAGAAUUAAUGAACAAAGGGAGAAAAGAAGCAGAGAAAGUGAAGAAUGAUAUAGAAGAUGUUCAAGAAGAAUUGGAAGAACAUGCUGAGGAAAUUCAAACUGGUAAUAUUGCGUACGCGUCCUGGCGCACACUUAGUCGGCCGAUAAAAAUCGUUUGACAUACCGAUAUACAUCGGUAUACUCCGCACACGAUUACGAAAAAAAUAUGCUCCCUGAACUGUAGCCGCCAUGUUGCCAAAUAAAUACAAGCACGUGAUCACAUCAUGAAAUCUGAUUGGUUAUACUUAAAAUUACACCGAUAAAAAUCGUAUAAUAUCAAAACGUUUUGAUGUUAUCCGAUUAAAAUCGAGCAACAAAAAUCGGUUAAAAAUGACACCGCACACACAACGAUUUUGUUAGUUUUAGUCAAACGAUUUUUAUCGGCCGACUAAAAUCGCAUCGUGUGCGCCAGGCUUAAUUCAUACCUCCUCCUGAACGCGUUCCCGUUCGAUUGGAACGAAAUUUGGAACAGAAGGAAACGUAAAUGGAACACAAUCGAGUUGUGACUAGCAAUGUGCAUAAUAGACCCCUUUUAUGAUGACGUCAUACAUUGACAGUAUGGUGUUUUAAAUAAAAAUAUGGGAAUUUUGGUUUAAACAAGGAAGCUGAAAAAUUUGUGCGCGACCUUUGCUAUUUUAAGUAGCUAUUUUAGCCUUAUUUUUGUCUAUUUAAUCCAUAUUUUUACCCAUGUUGCUGUUUAAAAUAGCUACUGUAUACUGAGCCAAUUUUCAAAAGCUAUUGGGACAGGAUAUACCUGAAAAGAUGUGGUAAAUCUUACGGAAAAAGAUGUGGUAAAUCUGACGCAAAUUUUUCAUAAAAGAUGUGGUCAAUCUUACGGACGCGGACAUGACAAAAACACACCCUAAAUUCGCAGUGUCAGCAACAUGGGUAAAUAUAUGGAUUCUUUUUGUCAACAAAGAAGGAUAAAGGUGAAAAACAAAUUUAAACUGGUAACAAAUCCAAAAGAAAAGCAUAAGUAACCGGUUUUUUGUCACGUCCGCGUACUUUAGCUCAUCUUAAAUUAAGUUCGCUGAUAUAAUUUAGCCGAGUCCACAAUCACUACUAGAUUUACCAACCGUUCUUAUCAAUCUUAUAGCUGAUGAAGCGAUCAGGGAACAGAAAGUACAGAUCCAGAAUAGACUAUCGGUUGUCAAAGAAAAGGUUAGAAAAAUUGUGUUGAAAUUUUUCAUUUUAAUAUCGCUCAUAUUCACUGGAAAACUCGAAGCACUUCCAUACUGUGGAAAUUUUACAGAAAUUAUAUGGAAAAAGGCUAGAACUUCAGUUUCCAAAGUUUUACACACUUGUAUAGUAUGGAAAUGUUCCAGAAAAAGCGUGGAAAGUUUCUAGAAAACCAAAUAUGGAAAUAUUUCAAAUUUUCCAGUGUAUUAUUGUAUCAGAAAUUAGUUUUCCAUAUUUCUGUAGAUGGAAAAGCUAAAAAAGUUACAGGAAAGAAAAGAAUUGUUGGAAUCGCAAAAACGAGAACAUGCUUCCGUAAGUACCGUUCUUUCCAACUAAGGAUGAACAGUUGAUGAAUAAAACAUAUAUUUUGAUAAAAAAAAACACAUUGUCAUUUAAUUCUCACGCAAACUUCAAGACUGAAGAUUUCAGUUAGCUGGAUAUCUCUUAUCUCCCCUAGACUGUGUGAUUGCCUUGCCAGAUCCUGACAAUCAUUGACGUUUUACGUCAGAGUAGACACUGAUUUUUAUCUAUACGAAUGUUAGUCCUUUAGGAGCCAUCCAUAAGUCACAAUGAAUAGUCUUUUGUUCCCCCCCCCCCCCAGCGUACGGUUUGUACGCUUGUUAAAUUAUUUAUUUAAAUAAGGUUUUUCCGCUAAAUAUACUAUUUGUUUAUGCCUUCACACUAGGCUUGCGGUACAGCCAGCUAUACAAAAGAACAUCUAACCGAAAAAUUGGUAAGAAAAAACUUUUUUCAAGGCCGGAUUUUGGUGUAAAUGCUGGGGAGGUUGAAAAACUUUAGGGAAGGUGCAGCGGUCUGGGUAACAGCCUCCCUGGGAUGUUAGGGUUUAGGACGUACUCUCCUGAAGUCGUUUCCCUGCGUGACAAGUCUGUGAAGUAAAGUACAGCCCCGUUUACGCUACUCUCAAUUUUUGGUACAGCACGGAUAAACUGAUACCCGUACCAAAUUUGUCCAUGUUCGAGAUUUGUAAAUAGGUAGUCCAAGCACGGAUAAAAAUGGUGUAAACGGGCCUGUAGAUAUGUAUGACCUUCGUUACAAUACUACAAAAUUUUUUCGAAACAUUGCAUUAUAAAGCUAAUAAUAUAAAUCAAAACAUUUCUCAAUUCUGAUUGGCUAAGAGCAGUGCAAUGUUUUCGAAAUACAGUGCAAAAAAAUGAAAUACAGUGAAAAAAAUGAAAUACAGUGAAAAAAAUGAAAUACAGUGAAAAAAAUGAAAUACAGUGAAAAAAAUGAAAUACAGUGAAAAAAAUGAAAUACAGUGAAAAAAAUGAAAUACAGUGAAAAAAAUGAACUACAGUGAAAAAAAUGAAAUACAGUGAAACAUGUGACCUCAUAUGCACAUAAUAUGAAAUACGUGACCUCAUAUGCACAUUUUCAUGUAUAUUGGUAAUAAGUAAUAGUACGGUUUUUCGUGGAAUGUGGAAAACCAUACAUUCGUGAGUUUUCAAAUUUUGAUCGUCUUUGAAAACCUCACUCAUGCAUGUUUUUUCCUAAUUGAAAUGUCAUUUUUUCAAUUUCACUGAGAAGAACUUUAUUUAUAUACAGACUUGAAGCAACACAUCUCAGGGCACCUCCCCUCAAAAUCCGGCCAUGUCGGGUAUUUGUCAGUUUGCUCACUUUACUAUAUUGUGUUUUUGGUUGCGUCUUCAUUGAUAUAGUGUAACUUCCCAUCAGGGUGUUAGCCAGGCGGCCGUCCGACCGUCCUAUGGACGGCCACUUCUGAACUUGGACGGCUAAAUUUUAAUGGACGGCCAUGGACGGCCUAAGGGAAUAUUUUCUUUAAAUGGCAACCUACAAGCUUAAAUGCAAUAUUUCUUGAAUACUUCGCGCCAUAUUUUUGUAAAACGCACCAUGUUUUUGAUGAUUCUCGCGUAUAGUAUCAAGAAGAAUAAUGUGAAACCGCUGUUUAAAAAAAACAAUCGUUUUAUCGCUUGAGCGCCACGUUACCUGCAGUUAUGGUAUUGAUCAUACCAUACGUGUGCUUUUACUAAUUUGUUGACGAAAAUGUGCAUCUAAAAGUAAAAAGGUUCAACGAAUAAAACACCACAAUUCCUCGACAGCAGAAAAUUGCGGCCAUGCCCAAAAACAUGUGACCACGCCCAUAAAAAUAUGUUGCCACGGCCACAAAAUUAUUUUGGACGGCCACUUUUGAAAUCCUCGCUAACACCCUGUUUCCCAUUUCUAAAUAUCAAAGAAUGGGAAACAUCAUGUCCAAAUCACUUGUUCGAUAUAUCAAUUGUAUUAAAUAAACUGUCAAGUCAUGCUCGUUGUUUCCUAAUCUAGGAGCAAACAACUGGCGCACGAGAACAAUGCUCCGCAGCUGUAGAUAGUUUAAGUGAGCAUACAACAUUACUUGAAUCAGAACGAGAUGCGGGUCAGAAAGCCUUGACAAAAUUGGAAGAAAUGUUAUCUACCUCAAACGCGGAACAAGAAAAAUCUUUAAAUUCUUCAGAACAAGAACGGUAAUACUUUGAUAUUGUUAUAUUAUAAUCAUAAUAAAGUUAUCGCGGUUUGGCCAAUAGGAAACAUUCAAUAUUUGUAUGGGAUCCAAUUUUUAUAGGUAGUAGAAAUAAACUACUAGUACUGUUUGUACGAAGACCUUUGUAAAAAUGCUUGAAAAACUGCGAAACUACGGAUAUAGACGACACAAGAAGUAUAAAAAACAUUUAAUUUAUAAAUACUGAACUUUAAUGUGAGUUAUACCAAUCAACGACUGAUUUAACAAAGUUUGAAAAAAUCACUAUCCCGUGGAUAGCGCUAUCCGGCCUUCGUACAACCGGCCCCUGUACGCUAGUUUCGGUCGAAACUACUGAAAAACAUUCCAACGUUAAGGCGGUUUUCCACUAGGCGAAAUUUUUCGACCGAAUCGAAAUUUCUCUUUGUUUCAUGAGCUCUCAAGCAGAACUAAUUGUAAAAAGACAAAGAGAAAUUUCGUUUCGGUCGAAAAAUUUCGCCUCGUGGAAUCCGGCCUUAACGAGUCCUAAGGCCGUUCCUCUGGAGGUUAGCCAUCCAUACGAUUACCACGUCCGAUGCCACACAUUUUGGCCGAUACCAAUACUCAUACCGAUACUUCACUUUAAUUAAUGAUCAUGUCACAUUAAAACAGCAAUGACGUCAUCAAGUUUAAUAAAAGUGAUCGUGAACUAAUCACGAAUCUAGCCCCCUCCGCAGGCAUCGCCUUUCGAUUAUCGGGCAAAAUUUCUUGCAGGCAAAAAAAUUACGACUUUCUAAGUACGUGAACUACGAGAUGCCUGCGGACAUAGUUAAUAUAGACUGACCUCUAUAUUAACUAUACUGCGGAGGAGGCUAUCACGAAUCUAAUGUGCCUUAUACAAAUACAAUCGCGAGCUCCAAGGUGGAAAUGUGAGUUAAUGUAGCCACCAUUCUACAUUUGUUUGCGAAAUAUUGCAUGCAGAGCGAAAACGCCCUGCAUUUCUAUUUUUAUUAAUUAUCUACCUUCCUUAUCUGAACGAUUUCAUGACUCAAGACGUUCCACAGACAGGGCUGGUGACAAUCCAUUCCAAACAGUGGGGGUGGACAAAAUGAGAGUCCAUUCAAAACAGUGAGGGUGGACGAAACCGUCCAACAGAUAUAUGUAAUUUAUUAUGGAUUAUAAUGUUAAGACUGCCCAAAACGUGAGGCCCAGGAUUGACGCCCGCGUGGUAUCAGAACUUCGAAAAGACGUGAAAGUAAGAGACUUGAAUCCGUGGAUAUGGAUACUUGUUAGUCUAACAGCCUGGGGCCGGUUAUUCAAAAGCUGGUUAGGCGUAAAAAAAAAUACCUGUGGUUCCGGUUCCCGACCGACCCUAUUUUUUUCUGCCGACCCUAUUAUUUUUUCAACGCGAUUGACCGUGCGACCCUAUUUUCUCCCGGUGGUUGCGGGCUGCUCAUACAGCGUGCCAAAAUGGCGUUUGUUGUCACACUAAUUAUUGAACCAAAUUGCCUAAAUUCGUCCAUAGGAAAUACGCAUCUCUAGUUAAUAUUGAUGUCGGGACUCUACUGCAAAUCGCCCAGCAAAAAACCGCCAAAACCAUGAAAAAAAUAUUCAAAAAAAAAAUUUAUUUCCGACCUACCGACCCUAAGUUUUUCACGAUAUGGAACCGGAACCACAGGUAUUUUUUUUUACACCUUAGCUUAAUCCUAUAGGUUAACGCAAAUUUCAAAGCAAUCUUCCCAACAGCCUGUUUAGAAGCAUGAAGAUAGUUUUCCAAAAUUCAUGUCUGGAUCAAUAGAAGUUUUAUUUUCCAAAAUUUUGAAAUAAACACAUGUGCAAAUGUACCCAAACUAAAACAGCGGGUUAAAUUUUAACCCAGCCCCAGGGUUAGCUCUAAUCCUGUUCAAAGCUGGAUUAGAUUUCACUAAAUAGACCUUUCCCCUUUUAAGUGAAAUUUUGAUCUAGACAAGUCUGGACAAAAAUUUCAUCACAGCUUGAAAGAGCAUCACAAAAUUAGUAAUAUUCCGAAGUUUCGUUGCGAAAUGUUGUAAAAUGCAGAUAAUAUAGCCUUGCGAAGUUUGCCGUUUUUCAGUCAUUUUGUAUUACAAACGGGAAAUUGCAGUCCCAACACCCGAAUCGUAUGUCAAUUUCCCGUUUGUAACACAAAAUGACUGAAAAACGGCAAACUUCCCAAGGCUAUAUUAUCCGCAUUUUACAACAUUUCGCAACGAAACUUCGGAAUAUUACUAAUUUUGUGAUGCUCUUUCAAGCUGUGAUGAAAUUUUUGUCCAGGCAUAUCUAGAUCAAAAUUUCACUCAAAAGGGGAAAGGUCUAUUAAACACUAUGAUUUGUAUAGAUCUCAACAAUCCACGAGUUUUAUUUUACUUUUCAGGAUGGAUUCGUUUUACAACUUUGUGACAUCAUGUGGUCUACGAGUUGUAAAUUUUGCAGAAAACUGGAUAGAGAUAGAAAUUUCAGACAUAUAUGACAGUCAAGAUGUAUCGACCUUGCUACUUACUGUACAUUUUGGUGAAGGUGAUGAUCCCGUUCCUGUUGAAGAUGUAACGGUAGGGUCACUUUUAGUGUUAAAGGUUUUCGCAGAUAGAAGAUUUGAUACAUUUUUAGACCUAACCAGGGGCACCUCUAGAGACUAUAGAUGCCGUACUGCCUCGCAGGUAAACUCUCAUUAUCUGAAUACCAGACCUGACCGUAAGAUAAACUUAAAUGUAGUUGCUCUACCAGGUGUACGAAUUAGAGAGGUGUCCGUAUGUAGAGGUCAAUCUUCUCCCGGUCGCAGCGGGACAUACACUAACCAUUCUUCCAACGUUUAUUUUCAGGCAAACUGUUCAACGUCUUUUAUUAAAGAUCUAAUUGAUCAUUUGAAGUCAACUCAUGAACUGAAAGUUUUCAAUUUUGAAGUUCAGAAAAGAUUUCAUAAUCACGUGAAGUUAUUGAAAGAAAUGAAAUUGUUGCAGAAAAGGUAUUGAACAAUAAUAACCAAACUUUAAUAAUUAUACGAUUUUCAGUAUAAAGCAUCAUGUAUGCAGGGCGCGAACGACAUCACAAAUCUAAUGUACAAAGCCUAUAAAGCAUUCUGCAUUGUCAAACUUUAAUUUGAAAAUAUUUAUCGACGCAGAUAAGAAAUAUCUCAAUACAUGCAUGCAUUUCAUUUAGAUUUGCAAUUGACUGGAAUGAAGACGAGCUGGUAGUGAGACUUAUGCUUGGAAAAGCUGGUCAAAUAGUUUGUAAUUUGAAGGUAGAAAAUGAAUAUCCUACUAAUGGAGAUGCCAGUGUGGAAGAAAUUCAUGGUGCGGACCCGGCUAUUAUAUUUCAAGAUAGUUUGGUGAGUGAUUCACAUGUCAGUGGUGCAUAUGGUUACUAG